AUGAUCCAAAAUAGAAAAAAUAAAAAUACUGAAAAAGGUUUGGCUAGUGAUAAUCGAAAUAAAACGAUUACUAACAUCAAUAAAAGUUCGUCCAAUAUCCAACAAGCUGUUGAAGGAACUGCCACACCAAUUCAUGAGCGAGCUCAAACUACUAACAUCAAUAAAAGUUCGUCCAAUAUCCAACAAGCUGUUGAAGGGACUGCCACCCAAUUCAUGAGCGAGCUCAAACUACUAACAUCAAUAAAAAUUUGUCCAAUAUCCAACAACCAUCUGCUGCGCCAAGUCAUGAACGAGCUCAAAGUGUAA